AUGCCGACAACGGAUAUGUUAAAUGAUUUAAUUUUGCAACUGCUUGCUGAUAGGAAUACAACUGGGACGAAACCACCGCGUUUGCUCCUAGCCGAGGCGAGAAAUUUGCCACAAACGUGCGCGGAAGUAGUGGACCGUCGAUCUGGGUCGUAUCGUGUUCAGCCACAGCCGGGAUUUACCGACGCUUUCGAAGUUUAUUGCGAUCAGGAAUACGAGGGUGGCGGUUGGUUGGUAAUCCAGAAUCGCUAUAAUGGAUCUGUUAAUUUUUUUAGAGGUUGGAAGGAAUACGAAGCCGGCUUUGGGGAUCUUCGCGGCGAGUUCUGGUUGGGCUUGGAAAAACUUCACGAGCUAACGUACGUUAAACCCCACGAGCUGCGUAUUGUACUGGAGGACUUUGAUGGGACAAUUGUCACGGCACAGUACGAUCGGUUUAUAGUCGGAGGGGCAGCAGAGAACUAUGUUUUGAGCAGCUUGGGCAAUUACAGUGGUAAUGCAGGAGAUUCACUCACUUCCGAUCAUUUGGGAAUGCAAUUUUCGACUUUCGAUUCUGACAAUGAUAAAAGCGAUGAGAACUGUGCAAACCUGCGUAAAGCAGGUUGGUGGUAUAACAGCUGUGCAGAUAGUAAUUUGAACGGGCUGUAUCUGGAAGGACCACAACCAGAGGAAAACUAUGGCAUUGCUAUGUGUUGGUAUAAAUUUCGUGGGGCAAAAUAUGGACUCAAACGGUCGCGCAUGAUGAUUAGAGUAGUUAAUGACAUUUAA